CGGUAGAGAAGUGCUAUCGCCUCGUUCCUUGAUAAGAGAAAAUACAACCAUGUACAGGCUGCAUAUCAUAUUAAUUUUUAUAACACAUUCAACUUUAUCAAAUUGUAUAAGAUGCCCUCAUUGUGCAGGUGAUACCUGCCACACUACAGUAUGUGAUGGAGCAUGUUUGUAUCAUCUUCACCCAAAUCAAUUUCCUACUCUAGUAAAAUGUGAGACUUCAUGUCACCACCACCACGGCGAUUCAAAAUGCUGCGAGCACGAAAACUGCAUAGCUGAAGCAUUUGGAGAUCUGUAUUCAAAAACGUUCGUGAAUUGCCCUGUUUGCCAUGGAGGUAAAUGUCAUAAAGUAAAAUGUAUUGAAUGUAAGGUUCAUUUACAUAACUGUGUGCAAGAAGGCACCUGCUAUAUACAGUCUGGCAAGUGUCAUGUUGGUGCACACGAGAAAUGCUGCAGAGAUGAUACUUGUAUCGAACACGCGUUUUCGAAAUGCCAUACAACAACACAUAAUUCAACAAAGGCACCUUCAACGAAGCAAACCUCAUCUUCCUCAUCCGUAUCACGUACGACAACACCAAGAUCGAUAUCUACAGUCUCCAGCACACUGAAGGAAAUAGAUUCUACCUCAUCGAAUACACUUCAUGUGAGCUCACCAACAAGUGAAAAACCUAUGAUGUCGACCAAUGGAGUCAUUUCAACUCAUGUCUCCCCCAGUACCACAAUAUCCUCAACUUCUAGCUCUUCUCAAAGUGUUCGUCAAAGAACAUGUAAAGUUUGUGGCGAUUAUGGCAAUGGGAUACCAUGUGACAUUCGUAGUAUAUACAUCGGACCUACGGCACAGUGUGAGGUAGGAAAUGAUUUCUGCAUGACGGACAUGAUACACGACGGAUCCGGAAAUGAAAAAGUUUUUAAAAGGUGCGUGAAUGAGACUGUCUGCAGAACUCAGUGGUUAUCUCAGACCUCGGACCAGGACCACUGUACACAGUUCGGUAAAGUCCUGGUUAAUGGUGCCUACUCCUGUCACUUCUGCUGUACAUCCGAUGAAUGUAAUCAGGGACUACUGCCAGGCUCUACCACCUUAUAUACCAGGAGAUAAAAUUAUUAUCAUUGACCGGGAUGUAAGAUGGUCUGUCUGGUUCUCCACAUAAAAAAAUAAUCAACUGAAUUAACAAUGUUAUCUACAUUAA